UUCCGCUCGCCUCGCCUGGCUUCUGCGCGCACUCAACCCGGACGCUCCCCCUCGCCGCAGUCCCGCCGCAUUACACGCCCCGCUUUGUCCCCUUUCCCGGCGCCCGCGACGGACUGCGACGAGCGGAUAGAUAGAUCUGUGCUGUGCGUGACGACCCAGCUCUCUCUAAUCCAUCCCCGUCCCUGUCUCGCCAUCCUCCUUUCUUCCUCUUCCUCCUCCACUCCCCCACCGAGCAGAGCGAAUCCUUAGCGGGCAAGUCUUUCCGAGCUCGCGGAGUGGGGUUCAAAACGCGGCCCGAGAAAAGGAGGACCGCACUCGCUGCUGCUGGUCGCUUGCUUUCGGUGGCGAGCGUCUCGGUAAAGCGGCGUCGGCGUCGGAGGCGGCGGCAGAGACUGGACUUGCUUGCUGCGCAGUGCAGUGCAGUGCUGCCUUGGAGACAGGAUCCUGCUGCAGAUAUGUUAAGCGACCUUCAAGUGAUGCUUUCACACACAGGCGAGAAGAGACGCCUGAAACGAAUUGCAGUACAGGAAGCGUCGUGAUUUCUUUAACACGCGUAACUGCAAGAAGCGAGAGUUGUUGUUUUCCCCCCUCCAGAUGUUGGACUCAUAAUUGAUCAGUGUGUCCAAAGACCAGAGAGGAACGUGGCUGAGUUUGCCACCACCUUCACCCACUGUGGUCGCUCGUCUGCUAAUGCCCGCGUCGGAGGAUUGCUCACGGAUAUGCUUCUGGUGAUGGGCAACCCGGGGCGCUCGGGGCAGCUGUCAGCGCUGAUUGCUUCCGCCGCCAUCUUGUUGUCACUCUCUGCGUUGCCGAUUUGUCGGCCCUACACCUACGAGCAAGAUGUGUUUGCAAUAAAUGGCUUGUACACGGCACUCGGAGCACCACAGCUGCCUAGUUGGACUUCAAAUGGUGGUGACCCCUGCAAUGAGAACUGGCAGGGUGUUUCAUGUGUUGCGUCAAAUAUCACCUCCAUAGUACUCAGCGGUGCAAAUUUGGGUGGACAGCUGGGCAACACUUUGGGGAAUUUCACAUCAUUAAUCACCUUGGAUCUCAGCAACAAUAAUAUUGGCGGGACCAUACCAGAUGGUCUACCACUCACAAUGCAGAGAUUUUUCCUUUCAGCUAACCAGCUAAGUGGUGGCCUUCCAAAUACAUUGUCGUCCCUUACACUUUUGACAAGCAUGUCACUCAAUAGCAAUCAUUUGACUGGAGCGAUACCAGAUGUAUUUUCAACACUCACUGGACUUGCAAAUUUAGAUUUUUCUGACAACAACUUGACUGGUCCGUUGCCGCCUUCAAUGGGAAAUUUGACGGCAUUGACUAGCCUACAUAUUCAGAACAAUCAAAUAUCCGGAACCCUUAAUGUGUUGCAAGAUCUCCCUUUCCAAGAUUUGAACAUUGAAAACAAUCUUUUCUCUGGUCCCGUGCCUGUGAAAUUACUGAACUUGCCAAACUUCAAGAAGGAUGGGAACCCAUUCAAUACCAGCAUAGCUCCAUCUGCACAGCCUCCCUUGGCGCCAACACCAUUACCAUCAGUCCCACCUUCAACAGGGCAUGUCCCCUCUAAAGAACCUGCACAUUCUUCUAGUGUUCCAGGUGGAAGUACAUCAGGAUCAGGAAAUCAUAGUACACUCAAAUUAGUUGGAUAUAUUCUUAUUGGGGUGGUAUUAGCAGUAGUUCUUGUGCUAAUUGCAAUGUACUGUUUGUCCAAGUACAAAGAAAAAAAGUCGAGAGGUGAUAUUUAUAUGAAAAACAAGAUAGGAAGGGUACCUCAGAAGCUUGGAGAGCCUAAAAUCAAGGAAGCGGUAGAAAUGAAGGAGUCACCAUUAAAACUCAAGAAUAAUGCUGAGAAAGCAGCUUCAAAUGUUGUUUCUGAUGGAAGAGAGGAGCAGAAGUUAAAAAUGCCAACGUCAGAAACUUCAAAUGUGGUUUAUGAUCCAAGUCGAAGGGAUGGGCAUAACUUAGAUUCGUCGCUGGCAGCUGUACCUGGGGUUGUAACAGUGAAUAAAAAAGAGCAUGUGAUUGAUAUGGAAAAGGCUGAUAAUUUUGUUGAGGACCAACUGCAUCCCCCGCAGCCGAUUGCACCGCGGACUGAGAAAGUCAUUGUCAAACCAAGUGUUCGUACAAGAAAGGGAAGAGUACCUUCAGUUGAAAAGGUGGAAUCGACGACUACUGUCAAGUCCUUCUCCAUUGCAUCCCUCCAACAAUAUACCAAUAGUUUCAGUGAGGAAAAUAUCAUAAGAGACAGCAGGUUUGGUAAGGUAUAUCUGGCAAAGCUUCCUGAUGGAGAGCAGCUACUGGAAAUUUUGAAGAUCGACACUUCUAACUCAAAAGUGCCAGUUGAUGCCUUUCUUGAGCUAGUUGUGAGGAUUUCAGAACUGAGGCAUCCUAACAUACUUGGUCUUGUUGGAUACUGUGCGGAGUUUGAGCAGCGAUUACUUGUCUAUGAGUACUGUAGCAAGCUGACCCUACAUGAUGAACUUCGUCAUGUAGAUGACUCAAGCAAGCCAUUAUCAUGGAAUGCUCGCCUCCAAGUUGCUGCGGAGGCAGCAAAAGCAUUACAACAUCUUCAUGACAGUUGCCAACCACCAGUUGUACAUCAAAAUUUUGAACCAUCUGUUGUUCUUCUCAACAGCACCUUAGUUGUGCAUAUUUCUGAAUGUGGCCUUGCAUCAUUAGCAUCAAAAUCAGUUUCUGAGUUGUCCGGACACACCUUAUUCCAUUAUGAAGCACCUGAAGUGCAUGAAUCUGGAUCAGUAAGUGAUCGAAGUGAUGUUUACAGCUUCGGUGUAGUUAUGUUGGAGCUUCUAACAGGGCGUAAACCUUAUGACAGUUCACGUCCACGAGCUGAACAACAUCUAGUGCGAUGGGCCACUUCUCAACUCUAUGAUAUCGAUGCCAUAGCGAAGAUGGUUGAUCCCUCCAUUCGAGGACAAUGUUCUGAAAAGGCAUUAUCCCGUUUUGCUGACAUUAUUAGCAGCUGUAUUCAGCAUGAACCAGAAUUCAGGCCACCAAUGUCUGAAGUUGUCCAAGACUUAACUCGCAUGGUAAGUAGUGUAUCAAGGGCUUCCAUGUAGACGAUCGAUCCCUUAAGGAAUGGGAAAAUGUGGAGGCCCGUGCUUAGAAUUCAAGAAUGCACCUCGCUUUGGAGCUUCUUGCUAGAUUCAGUUAUCUCUGGCCAUGUUGCAAGACGCCUUUGAUGAUUAUUGAUGCGGGAGUACAGUAGCAGGAUGCAAGGACUGCACCGUGUUUUGUCCACUGCCAGUAAUGCUCCUCUGAAUCUGUGGUCAAAUUAUAGUUCAAAGCUAUUGUUGUAACUCCGUAGUCUGCACAAUACAUUUCUCAGUGCCCCGGUUCCAGAUCACUUGGUGUGAUUAUGCGUGGUUAUCUAGACCAUAUGUAAAUACCAAGACGUCAAACAAAUAUAUUAGAGUUUGCUCGUGUUAAAGGUCACUCCGUGUUGACAAUUUGUUUCA